GUGCUGCCAACUUAGAUAACAUAGUAAAAAAACAUUUCUCGUGUCAAUUUGUUUGGAUUUCUUGUGAUUUUUCUUCCUAUUAUUUAUUAAAAUUAAUCUUUCAUAUUCUUAAAUUUGUAUAGGUUUUUCACAACGAAGAAUUUCUUCAAUGUCAAGUGUUAAUGAAAAUAAUUAUAAUUAUAAAUAAAUGAUAAUAAGAAUCGUGUAAAAACGACGUGUAUGUGUGCACAUAUGUAUAUAAAGGUGUUUGUGCAAAGUACUGUUUUACAUUAUUGGAUCCAAAAUUUUAAAUAAUAAAAUGUUCAAGCAAAAGUAAUAAAUAAAAAAAGACUUCUUCGAAUUAAUUUUAUAGAACGAUGAUGGUUUUUGUUUGAAGAAUAAUUUCAAUUGCUUCAAUUGGACACAAUGGAGAGAAGAGUCAAGCUGAAGGCUAUAAAUCCUCAUAUAACGUGUAAAAUAUGUGGUGGCUAUUUUAUUGAUGCGACAACGGUAACGGAGUGUUUACAUACCUUUUGUAAAAGUUGUUUGGUUAAACAUUUAGAAGAAAAGAAAACCUGUCCUACCUGCGAAAAUGUUAUACAUCAAUCUCAUCCCUUACAAUAUAUCAGUUUUGAUCGUACGAUGCAAGAUAUUGUUUACAAAUUAGUGCCAAAUCUACAGGAAGAUGAAAUGCGUCGAGAACGUGAGUUUUACAAGAGUCGUAAUAUGCCCUGCCCUAAAGAUAUGCCGCAAAACCAUGACGAUGAUAAUGAUAAAGUUAUGGAGGCACAUGCCGAGUCCGAUUUCCACAGACUGGAUGAGCAGGUCAAUGUGUGCCUAGAAUGCAUGAGUAACAAUUUCAAAAACCUCCAAAGACGCUUCAUCCGUUGUAGUUCUCAAGCAACGAUUACGCACUUAAAAAAAUUGGUAGCUAAAAAGAUCCUCAACGGUAUUGACAAAUAUAGAGAGAUUGACAUAUUGUGCAAUGAAGAAUUAUUGGGGAAGGAUCACACCUUAAAAUUUGUAUAUGUGACUCGUUGGCGUUUCAGAGAUCCCCCAUUACGUCUGCAGUUUCGUCCACGCGUGGAAUUGUAAUUUUUUUAAGUGAUUAAGUUUACAAAAUUUGAUAAAACAAAAUAGUUUUUCAUGUAGUUAUAAGAAUCCUAGCAAUUUGUACUUGUAAAGAAAUAAAGUAUAAAUUAUAUUUUAAUUUUACAUAGUAGCUAAGCAAUUAGUUAAACCUGAAUAUAAUAACUUGUAUUUUCUUUAGACACAUACACCCUUAUCACAAUUUUUCUAAUAUUCCCAUCUCUACCUGUUAAUAUUGUACUAAGAUUUAAAAUCAAAAUGUUUUUCAUUUACUUUUAAGUUUUGUC